CAGAAACGCCGUAGCCUGUGCGUGGCCUGUUUAUGUGGGGAGAGGAUUGUCUGAAUUUGCCCAAGAUGCAAGCAGGUGCUUUAUUUUUCCUGGUGGUCUGCCUCGGUACAUGUACCCCAAAGGUGUUUGGCUACGAUCCUUCCCCGGCUGUCGCACCAUUGCAAAACCUGAACGUUGCCUCCGGUCCGAGGCAGGGCACGAUCACGGUCACUGAAACCACCACAGUCGAUCGUUCCGUCGUCCUCACGGAACAAGCCUACAACGUCGUUCCCGUUACCAUCACCGAUUACGCUCUCUGGACAUCCACACUGCCCAGACGAGUCGUUGCGCGAACUCCCGUGGAUGAUGACGUGGCCAUCCAGACUAGGCUGGUGGAAAAGCCCUUGACCCUAACUGUCGUUGAUACAGUGUCUAACUACGGAAUCGUGACCGACGUCUUAGUUGACUACUACACCAUCACGCACACCUGCUACCACAUCAUGCAGUCGACCUACACCAGGACAGCCAGGCAGACACUUGCAUUCUCUGCUGAAUUGGUGAGAACUAUCGUCAGGACAGCCACGCAGACGGUGACCGAUUACCGUACAGUCUACAACACCGUUUAUGUAGGAGGAAGAUAUAUUUAUUAAAUAAAGUUCUUAAGAAUAUUUUUUU